AUGUCACCACCGACUCCCCCCGCCAGCUCCACUCUCAACAUCGGCGUCCUCUUCUUCGACGACGUCCAACUCCUCGACGUCGCCCCCAUCGACCUCUUCGCCAUGUGCACCAAAACCUACCUGCAAGCGUGCGACCUGCCCGCGCCCCUCGUCUCUCGCGGCCUCGACGUCCUGAACGUCUACUUCAUUGCCCAAGGCGUCCCUGAGCCGCCGGCGUUUUCCUCCUCGUCCCCGUCCCCAGGGACAUCCGCCGUCCCUACAGCCCCCUACCCCGCGCCCCCAGCCACGCACCUCCUCCCCACGACCCCAGGCCUCAACCUGUCCAUCGCGCUCACGCACCCGCUCUCCUCGCCGCUCGUGGCGCCCGGCUCGCUCGACAUCCUGUUCGUGCCCGGCCCCAACCCCAAGACCGUGCCUUCGGAGGCACACAAUGCGUUUCUGCGCGGGCACGCGGCGGCGCCGCGCACGCAUAUCCUCGUCGUGUGCACGGGCAUUUUCGCCGUGGGCCACAGUGGGAUUCUGGACGGGAGGGAGUGCACGGGUCCCAGACCGCUGGUGGAUAUGAAGCUGAGGGGAAUGUUUCCCAAGGCGAAGUGGAGGGAUGAUCGGAGGUGGGUGGUGGAUCGGUCGCAGAAGGGAGGGGUGGCGGGCAAGGGGGAGGAGGGUGGGAAGCAAAGAGGCGAGUUGUGGUCGACGGGGGGGAUUUCUAAUGGGAUGGAUAUGGUGGCGGCGUAUUUGAAGGAGAAGAUGAGCGGGGAGCUGGCGGAGCUGGUGUGUACGUUUGCGGAGGUGGAGGAUCGGGGACAGGUGUAUGGUCAGGGCAAGGCGAUGAUGGGGGCGGGGUUUGGGUGGUUGGUUUUGAGGAGUCUGUGGGCGAGGCUGUGGGGGAGGGAGAGCUUGAAGCGUGCGUGA